AGAAAUUUAAAAACCAAAAAACGGUGUACAAAAGGAAAGGUGGAGAGUCCACAAUUAUUGGCAACAAACGCUUAUGGAGAUUCGCACUGUUGUUGAAUUCCAAGAUCUGGCAACAUCAAUUAUUAAAUUUUAAAAAAUAUAAUUAUGUGAAAAGCUUUUUGUUUGAUUGGAGGAGAGAAAUAAUAGAAAGAAGAAGCAUGAAGUGUUGUAAGCAGGAGGAGCAAUAGCAAUAGAACUAAGUAUUUAGUGAUUUAGUGAGAGACAAAGUUACACAGAAGAAGAGCCAAUUAGAGGUCCUUCGGAAAGAAAGUUGCCUGAAAAGGUAACUCAACAAUCAAAAAUCUUGUUUUUAAGUUAGGUGUCUAUUAUGGAUGGUGAAUUGGGUUAUGUUGUUGGUUAGAUUGAAGUGAGAAUUGGGAGAAAAUGGCUGCUGAGUCAUCCUCAAAGAUGAGGGGAUUUGGUUUGAAAAACAGCAAUUGCAAUUUAGAGGUGAUUCCCAAUCCUAAUUCAAAUCCUAUGAGUGUGGGUUUUGAAAUGGGUAGUUACUUUGCUUCUUCAUCUGGCUUCAUCCCUGGAUUGCUUCAACCGCUCAAUUCUUCUUCUACGACUACUUUUCUGGAUUACUCCGGCCUCAAACAUGAUACUGGAUUGGCCGUCGACUGGUCUAUGGAUGAGCAGCUUAAAUUGGAGGAAGGUCUUGCCAAAUAUGCUGAUGAACCAAACAUCAUGAGAUAUGUAAAGAUUGCGACUACUUUGCGUGACAAAACUGUACGCGACGUUGCAUUGAGGUGUAGGUGGAUGACUAGAAAGCGUAAAAAACUUGAAGAGUAUAAUUUUGGGAAGAAGAUGCAGAGCAGGAAGGAUAAGCUGGUGGAAUUGAACUCGAAGACAAAUAUACCUUUAGCUCAUUCCCAGAAAAUGGGUUCAUAUCCUCUCUUAAUGCACCAUAUGGACCAGAAUGGACCUUUUCCUUUUGAAGUCCUGGGAAUAAGUGGCACAACUAGGCAUCUCUUGGAACAGAAUUCCCAAGCAUUUGGUCAAAUCACAGCCAACCUUUCUACAUUUAAGGAUAACCUUGAACUCUUCUGUCACACAAGGAACAAUAUUAUUGCCAUCCUAAAUGACAUGAAAAACAUGCCUGGCUUAAUGAGCCAGAUGCCCCCUUUGCCUGUACACAUUGACGAGGAUCUUGCUAAUGGGAUAUUGCCUCAUACAAUUCAGUCAAUGAUGCUUGGCUUGCCAGUGGGGAUCCAACUGAAGCAGGAACCAAGAUGCUAAUAGGUAAUUGUGGAGGUUGAUAUAACCCUUGCGUAAGUACAAAAAAAAUUUCUACUGUAAAUGUGUAUGAAGCUGGUAGGAGGCUGUUACUUUUCUCGUUGUACACAAAUAUGGGGCCAUAAUUGAAAAGAUCCAUUUUUUUAAACCUGGAAUGUUUAGCCACCCAGAUGUGAGAUGGAAGCACCAUAUAGUAAUAACGCCCACUUCCUGUCAUAUGCUGGCUGCAGCUGCAAAAUCUCUAACCAGAUUAAGCUGAAUUUUGAGUUAAAAGCUUCAUGUAAACAAAAUCUAUCAAUUGUUCCUGAUUUGCUCUGCUUAAUGUAUACUAAUGUCAGUUUUCCAAUACAAUCUUUAAACAUUGUUCC